AUGAGGCUGAGAUCUGGGGCAACGACUUUCACCGCUCCGUCUGCCUCAUCAACCUCAGAUCCAUUCUAUAAACCGCCCAACGAUAAAUUCUUGCAAGCUCGCCACUACACCGCACUUAACGAAUCGCGCCUCGAGAUCCGUCUGAUCACAAACCUCUGGGUCGAUGGUAAGACAGUGCGCUGUGACCUCGCGAAGCCAAUCGCUCUGAGGACUACGGAACCCCUCCCUCGAUUCUACGCACUCUCCUACGCCGCCCAGGACGUGCAAGAUCAAUCGUCCAUCAUCGUCAACGGCACCAGAUUCAACGUGUAUUCCAGCCUGGUUCGAGCCCUCAAGGAAGUGGCGUAUUUUCUGGCUGGCUCGAGUACGGGCCUCUGGGUCGACCAGAUCUGCAUCAACCAGCAUGAUCUCGUCGAGAAGGCUUGGCAGGUUGCGUCUAUGAAGGACAUCUAUUGCAGUGCUUCGGGCACAUAUGUUUUCCUCGAUCUGCCAGACGACGACAAUGGAGAGUUCAGUCUGAGCUUUCUGGCAAGGACCCUUGAGCAGCGAUGGGAAGUCGCACAGUUCGAGGGCCACGACUCUCACCGCGGCGAUGCGAAACUGGAGGACCAUAGAGUGCCAGACAGGCGUCAGCUCCUUCACGCAAGUUUCCUAGCCAAUGUAGCGAAUGAGCUAUGCCACCAGCUCUGGAACCACGAAUUGCCAUUCUCGGUGGUGCACAACGUCAAGCGACUGUGUGAGGCGACGUACUGGUCUCGGUGCUGGACGCAAGGGGAAUAUAUCGUGUCUCAAAGUCUACGCUUGCUUCUUGGUGGCAGGCAGACCACAAGUAUGAAUCGAAUUCGAUGGUUGUCAGAAGCUUUCUUCGGCGUUGCGACUUCUCUGCUUUCUGACUUACCCAAGACUGCCCGACUCAUCGAUGUGCCACUCGAAGACACCAAACGCUGGCUACAGGACAUCCGUCUAUCGUGUAGCUAUGGCUUAGGCCUCGCGCAGCUGCAUAUAAAAUGGAAGUUUCAGGAAACACCUGAUCUCAGAGACGGUGUCUACUCGGCAUUGUCAAUGCGGAACGGACCAGCUACGAUCAAGCCAAAUUACGGAUCGGAUAACACCGUGGAGGACGUCUUCAUUGAGUUCGCAAGUUUCAUGGUGGAACAAGACCGCUGUAUCGAUAUCCUCGGCGACGCAGGAGAGUAUUUGCGUCUAGAAUCGUCGCAACUUCCGAGCUGGGUUCCAGAUUAUGGCGUCCACCAGGGUAGGGGGAACUUGUCUGAUGUAAUGCUAGGGCGAGUUAAACAUCUGACAGAGAGGCGGAAGUUUCCAGCAGGCGAGAUUUCCGGGGAUUGUAGCGUCCAAAAGCGGUCGUUAGCCAAGCAGCAAAGCAAGAUCUCUGUUGAGCACCUGAGCCUUCAACUCAGCAUCUGGACUAGAUGGUCGUCGUUGUACUCAGAAGAUCUCCCAGGAACGUUCUCGGGCGAUGACGCCGUAGCGGCCAACGAUGCGUCAUGGCGAGGCCUCGUCGACCGGAGGAUGCAGGGGUCUGGAACUCGAGCAUAUCAGCCAAAACCACAGUAUGAUUGCGAAGAUAUGUACGCACAGACGCUUGAUUGGGGUGAUCUUGAACACGAGCGGGCUCUGAGAAGCCAAUAUGGGGGCAUCGUAAUGCCAGGACUGGUCGAGCGCGGCUGUAAAGUUACCGAAAUUAAGAUUGACAACAAAAUUGACACCAGCUGGUCGAAAAUUCACAAAGACGAGUCUCUAAGUGGCAAAUGGCAAUUCUUCUUCACACGUGCCGACGGGAUAAUGGGGCUUGUGCCGACCACCACAAAGCCUGGGGAUUUGCUGUGUCUGAUACCUGGCGGGAGCACACCCUUCGUACUGCGUCCAGCAGAUGAUCUGUCCGAUCCUGAGGGUUUGUCGCCUCCGCUGUAUCGGAACAUUGGUGCGGCGUAUGUGACCGGAUACAUGCACGGGCUCGCAAUCGAGGAGAAGGCGAGAGGGGAGUGGCGGAAGGAGGAAAUCUGUAUUGUUUGA